AUGGCCAGCAUUCGAACGUUGUAUCUGUUCACAAAAGCGGACUAUCACACACUCUUCUUCCCUAUCACAAUGUUUGCCCUUGUGGCGGGUCCGAUUCAGCAGCCCAUCCAUAUCUUGACCACUGCGGUCUGGAUAUGGAUGCAUCAGCUUCAGUGUAACAUCAACAACCAGCUUGUAUCUAUCAGCGAAGACAAAGAUAACAAGCCAUGGCGCCCUCUUCCAGCCGGCCGAAUCACUGCUUCUCAAGCACAGCAGCUACACAUUGUUGUGGCGAGCCUCUCCUUCCUCCUCAGUGCGGUCGGUGGAUACAAGAUGGUUAUUGCCAGCAUUGCCAUGAACGUUUUUGAUGUCCUGUAUGAUCAAGGUCGGGGAUCCGCUCGCUGGAUGUCGCGGAUUCCCUUGGUCGUGGUGAUGUACGGGCUGUUCGAGUAUGGCUCGACGCGCGUUAUCACCGGAUUUUCAGAACUAGACGACACAGCCCGUGCAGCAAUCAUGAGCUCUCUUGCGGUAAUCGGUACUACUGCUCACAUAGGCGACUUCCAGGAUGUCGAAGGCGACGCAGCAGACGGGCGUUCAACGGUCCCCAUUGCUUUCCCUCGCAGUUCAAGGAUCUUUACCCCGCUGCUGGUCCUAGGAUGGUCUUUAUUUAUGGCGAACGUAUGGGGACUAGGAGUAUGUUCAGCCUGCGCAUUUGUUGGCCUGGGGGCGUUGGUCGCGGGGAGGAACUGGUUUUACUGCGAUAAGGCGCACGACAAGAACACCUACAAGCUGUAUAGUUUGUGGCUCCUUACUCUCCACCUACUUCCGAUGAACGCGCGGUGGGGAGUGCUGAAGUAUUAG